AUGGAGAAAUAUACAGCUGCUAUGCUCCUGUCCGCUGUGGGUGAUUCUUUGGGAUAUAGAAACUUUAGCUGGACAAUCUGUGCUUCAGGUGUAAAGAUUCUUGAAGAGUUAAAAGAACUAGGAGGAUUAGAAAAGUUGGUGCUAUCAGCAGACAAAUGGCCGGUCAGCCACAACACUCUGAUGCACUCGGCUACUGCAGAAGCUCUUGUCACAGAUUUCUGGAGCCUGGAAGAUCUGUACCGCGAAAUGGUAAAACAAUAUGUUGAUGUUGUUGACAGACUACAAGAACGGCGACCAGAUCCAGCAACAAUUGAAGGCUGUUCCCACCUUAAGCCAGAUAACUAUUUGCUUGCAUGGCAUACUCCAUUUAAUGAAAAAGCUUCUGGAUUUGGAGCUGCCACAAAAGCAAUGUCUAUCGGUAUGAGAUAUUGGCAACCUGAAAGACUGGAGACUUUGAUUGAAGUCAGCAUUGAAAGCGGGAGGAUGACACACAACCAUCCAACAGGAUUCCUGGGAUCACUCUGCACUGCAUUGUUUGCGUCUUACGCGAUACAAGGAAAGCCUCUGGUUCAGUGGGGAAGAGAUAUGCUAACGGUAAUUCCAAUGGCUGAAGAAUACUGUAAGAAAACCAUUCGUCAUAUGGCAGAAUACCAGGAGCAUUGGUUCUACUUUGAAGCAAAAUGGCAAUUUUAUUUGGAAGAAAGAGAAAUUGAAGAAAAUAUGAACAAGCCCACAUUUCCUGAUAAGUAUGAUGCUGAGGAGAGAGACAAGACAUAUAAGAAAUGGAGCUCAGAGGGUCGUGGAGGAAGAAGAGGACAUGAUGCACCAAUGAUUGCAUAUGAUGCUCUAUUAGGGGCUGGCGGAGAUUGGAGUGAGCUUUGUGGUCGAGCCAUGUUCCAUGGAGGAGAAAGCGCUGCUACUGGAUCUAUUGCUGGGUGCCUCUUCGGGUUGCUGUAUGGUAUAAACAAUGUACCCAAGGGUCUAUACCAGGAGAUUGAACUAAAAGAGAGGCUCCAGUAUUUGGGCGAGAAGCUCUAUCAAGUAUCUUCAAAAGAAAAGUAAACCUGCUAUUUUCAAUUUAUUAAUGCUGAAAAAGGAAAAAUACAUUAGCAGUGUUAUAAUGUGCACCUGUAAGGGGGUGUUACAUUUUCUAUAUUGUUUUUAUAUGUAGUUCUUAUAUUCAUUUAGGUUUUUUGGCCAAUUACACUAGUCAUCCUACCUCAGAUAUAAGUCAUAUAAGUAGAGAACUCAUUACUGAAUUGCAUGCAUGCGGGAAAAAUGUAUCUGUUGCAUGUGCUGCUGUAUAACUCCCAGAGAUGUUGCUUAGAAUAUGGGUUGUUCAAUACUUGGUGCACAGUUUUUGUAUUAAUUAAGGAUUCCAAGACAGAUGCAUUUAGUUUGCUUGCAUUUUCAGUCUGUUCAAGCUACGAAUACAAGAAAGUUUGCAGUGCCCAGGAGGUCGGCACAACAUUUCAACACUACAUUACUUUUCCCAUUUUCCCAUUUUCCAAAUAGCAUGUAUUCCAGUUGCAUGUAACUUUACAUAAGUGAACCACACAUGACAAUAGGAUGGGCACUAUCAAUCAGUCCAUUAUCAGAACAAAGGUGCAAUGGCAUUCAGCUGCACAGAGCCAAAAUACCGGGAGGUGCUCCAGCCUGUAAACAGUCCUAGUUCCAAACAAACGAUCCACAAAUAGAAAAGGCGAGUCACUCACCCAGCUGUACAGUUGUAGUAGCCAACGGCGGAAAAUCCGGUUAGUCCAUAGUACGGGAACGGGCAGAGAUGGAACGAGGCAGGG